UCCUCUUAGAAGUCUAUGGUAAAAGGUACACCUCGUUCAGCUUCGGCAUCCCACUACACUCCAUGUCAGUGGCCGGAUGGGAACAGUUCUCGGGUAACCUCAAGCCAGUGGCAUCUGAUAGAGAGAGAGGCCAAGAAAAAAAAUGAAAAUGAAGAUAUAUUAUCCGAACGUUCGUCUGAAAAGAAAGAUGAACCAAAAAUGACACUCUGCACGAUACCGACGCCUCAAACAAGGGCUGCCAGACGACCAGGAAGGCCGCCCAGUGGUAAAAAUUGCAAUGGACCUCUCAGACAAAGGGACAUGCCCGGCAAAGUCAGAUCCUCCUACAGAAGAAACCUUGAUCCAUGCGACAACUCGAACGACAGUGGCAUCGAUUUCGGUGACCUUCACAUGGACCCCCAUCAGCAUCGGCUGGGCACCGAACGACUGACGUGGACUGGUGAGCGGGCAGAGACCAAACGACAGAAGGUGGACAUCAAAUUAGAGGACGAAGAGGUCAAUGAUGGGUACUGCUUUCCCGAAACCGUCAGAACGAAUAAAGAUAAUAAUAACAUUUCAUUGAUACGAACAGCACCUACAAGUUCAACACCUUCCCUCACCAUGUCAACAAACACCAGUAGUACAGUAGUUAGGACAGUACCAAGGUGUGUUCCAUUGUCUAGUAAGCAGUCGUCGUCAGGACCUGUUCCCCUCACCACACAGUUAAUGGCGACGUCGAGAUACACAAACGUUUCUCUUCAAAUUCUCAAACAGCCAGAGCAGCAACACAGAGCCAGAUAUCAGACUGAGGGUAGUCGAGGGGCCGUGAAAGACAGAGAAGGGAACGGAUUCCCUGUGGUACAACUCGUCAAUUAUUUUAAACCAGCAACAUUACAAGUAUUCAUUGGUACUGACACAGGUAGAAUAGCCCCGCACAUGUUCUACCAGGCGUGCAAAGUCAGCGGCAAGAACUCCACGCCCUGCACGGAGCGAAAAAUCGAUGGAACGUGCGUCAUAGAGCUGCAGCUAGAUCCCGCGAAAGACAUGAGCGCCACCUGCGACUGCGUGGGAAUACUCAAAGAAAGAAACGUCGAUGUAGAACACAGGUUUCCGGAUCAGUUGGGUAAUCGGAGCAAGAAAAAGUCGACGAAAUGUAGAAUGAUCUUUAGGACUACUAUUACGUUAGAAGACGGAACGAUAGAGACCCUGCAAGUGUGUUCACAGCCAAUAGUUUGCACCCAACCUCCUGGCAUUCCCGAGAUUUCCAAAAAGUCUCUAGGUUCAUGUCCGGCCAGCGGAGGCCUAGAGUUGUUCGUUUUCGGUAAAAACUUCCUCAAAGACACCAGAGUCGUGUUCCAACAGUAUGAAGAAAACCACGUAAGGUGGGAGCAGACCGUAACACCCGAUAAAGAGCAUCUUCAUCAGAUACAUUUCGUAUGUGUAAUACCGCCCUAUCGAAGAACCGACAUCACCGUACCAGUGGCGGUGCGGUUAUGCGUUAUAUCUAGUGGUAAAACAUCUGAAACUCAUCAGUUUGUAUAUACACCCGUUAACGGGGUGCCCAGCGUUAUGGACGAACCAGCGCCGCCUCCCCCUCCACCCCACCAGCCGCCUACGUUCUUCAAGAGUACCUUCUGGCAAUCCAACGUGUCCAUCAGUAAAAGAGAGCAAGAUCUGGAUAUGAUGCCGCCCCCUGAGUCGAGCAUGGUGCCGAUUUCGACAAGGAGACCUUCCAUCAACCUCCCAUCCACCAGCGACAGUCAUUCUCCACCUUUACACUCUUUGAAACAAGAAUACAUAGACGAAUCAAGCCAGGGUUCUAUUAUAGAACAAGAGAGAUACAGACAUAUGUCUGAGAGUUCUUUAGACGCUCAUCAUGGUGACUCUAACAUGUCGAUGAUCAAUGAGAACUCCAUGAUGAGUCACAUUAAUGAAAACUCGAACAUAAGUGUUGGUAAUGAAGAUAGCAUCGAUUUAGUAAGAGGAGGCUGCAUGAGUAGAGUGACGAACAUUUGCGAAAGUUCUUUAGACUGUGGAGAUUCAAAUAUGUCUACCAUAAAUGAAGGUAGUACGUGUAGUAACGUUCUGCCAUCCACUCCCAUGUUGACUGACCAGAACAGCACGAGUAUGGAAAAAGUUAUGGAUUUGCGUAUGAAAAUGCCAAUGGUUACAGUAGCUGAUUUGGUAAAUACGACUGCACCUUCUAUAGCGGCUUUACAGACGUUCGGUAUUAUGGAGCAUCCCUCAGCUCCAUUACCGAACCAAAGUGCUCAGAGUGUGGAAAACUAUUUAAGCAGAAUUGAAGCUAAACCGUCGUUGAUACCUUUAACGAAUCCAACGGGGUUGUUAAUGAAAAACGACAUCAGCCAGAUCAUCAGCACUGAAGGUAGCAUGUUCCCUAACCCAAAACCUCCUACCAUGGAAAGUUGUGGUGUACUGAAUCUAAGGGAGCCGAUGUUUCCAAGCUCUGCAAGGCCUUUUAUGUCUAGUAGAACACAGAACGAAGUAAUGAAUAUUGUUGCAAAAUCAGAAAGCGCAGAUGUACCUGAACAGACGCCACCGGAGCAAACAAACGCUAUGGCUUCCUCUGCCAUAACGACAGUAGCUACUGCCAUGGAUCGUAGUGUCCCUACACCGAUAAACACAGAAAGGCUCGAUGCUUUGGUGAAUUCGACCGUAGAGUCACAUUUGAGCCCCACCAGAGCAGAUUCCUCGCCGAAAGGCAUACUCAUAAAUAACUUGACCUCCUUAGUAACAGCAGCUCCUCCAGAGGUGAUGAUUCCCACGCACGAUGUAAUGCUCAAUUCCCAAGCUAGUCUCAUGGUGCCUGCUAUGAUAAACACCACCAUGACGACCCCCUCCCUGGGACCAGCUGAACUGUCGAAUCCAUCGCCCAAUCUCACCUCAGAAGUUAUUCUGAAUUCCCAAAUUUCCCCGAGCUUGAUGUGCCGCAGCUCAAGUGCUAUACCUCCAGAAACACUUAUGGCCCCCUCCCCCAACAUGAGCUUAUGCCAAACUACCACUGCCGUUGAACAAGCGCUGCUCAGUAGCACUUCUCCGCAGCAAUCGCUUCUCAGCACUCCUCAGCCCGUAGAGAUUGCCGCAGCUUUGACCACUGGGCCUGAGAACGCCGUGCUACUGAACGCGGCAGUCGAUCUCCUCCAAACGCAGAAGAAACUCAGCGACUUGGGGACCAACUUACCUGCUAGUACAAGUCAAUUAACGACACAAGCCGAGACGUUCACGCAGUCCUUUGGAUCCGUGAGUAUUCCUGUCAAGGAAAUGGUACCGACGACACAAGCCGACAGGACUCAGAACGUUGACAGAAUGAUACCACAAAGUUUUACCUCCUUGACUGAGAACGAACUGAUCAGUUUGAUCAACCCAAGUUGUUUCGAUCAAGUAUAAGUUCAUUGGUGGAGGCUUCACGAAUCAUAUUCCGUACUUAUCGGUGUGUAAGAUGUUAUCGUGUUAUGUAUUACCUACCUUUUCACACUCAUUAGACUGAUGUUCGGUGUGCUUUGAAGCCAGCUCAAAGAAUAACUCGCUUACGUACACCCCCACACACGUCAUCUGUGCUUUCUUAAUGUUAUGGGUGGUUCGGUGUUGAGUUGACGUUAGUGUCAUCAUGGUAUUGACGACAAACAGUAAUGUACUUAUUGAACUUUCAUUCUAUUGCAAUUUUACUAAAAAUAUCAGUCUCGUUCCUAUGGAACGGUCAUUUCAUAAGUGCCAUCUCUAUAUAACAGUAGCAUCACCAUUAAAAGUUAUUUGGUAUAAUACAGUUCUACGAUUAUUUACGCGCCAUUUGGUACAUAACUGUUUGUUGUUUUUACGACGAUAUUUUCAUGGUUAAUAGAUCUUUCUGUUUUAUUAUUGUGAUUAGUUUUAAAGGAUAGAAGAUAUAUUUUUACAAGUGUCACAUUUCAUCAAACGACGAAGCUACAUUGUAGAACAAAAUAAAAAAAGGAAAAACUCAGUAUCGGAAUAGCCUACUAAAAAUGUCCUGAAUUCUAUUGAUCUAUUCAUAUUCUUCCGGAAAAUCAAAUAUUAUGGCCUACAUUAGGUCUUUUUAAAAACCUUUUAGUUUAUUCUAGUGCUCUGUGUGCAAUAAAAUCUUGGAUUCUUCUAAGAAGAAUUCCUUCUUCCACUGGUGGACUAUCCAAUGAAGGUGUCUCAUUCGCAUUCGAAUCUGUGUAUCACCUGUACUAUCUUAUGCAUCUCUUUUACACAAUUUCCUGUACGUUCGACUUUCUAAAAUGAUUUUUCCAAAUCGAUUUUGCAAAAACGUGAAUUUCUUGACUGUCACAAAUUUGUCAAUCUGUCAAACUUCUCACUUCAUAAUUCUCUUCAUUUUUCUUACAGUUACACUUGUUGCAUCUAUAAAAUUUUCUAAAAUUUAUUAUUUUAUUUGUAAAAAAAUUAUUAUAGGUGCAAAUACAUUAUUUUUCUGUGUUUUUGACAGUUUUUACGUGAUUUACAAGACUUUAGAUGUGGAAUCAAAAACUUGUUGAGGUACAAUUGGUUGGUUUAAUGUAUUUUGGUAGGUGUUUAAGAACACUUGAUAAAAUAUACCUCUUUCUUAUUAACAAAACCAAGCUCAUGAGCUUAAUUAACACAUUAACAAAACUUUUUAUCACUUUGUUCUACUAUGUUUAUGGACUUCUAUGAAGUCCAUCAUGGAACCAUUUAUUUCAUGAACAAUCUUUAAGUUUUUGGGGGAUUUUUCGUUUGUUCGAUUGAUUAUGUUCCCUAUGGUGAUAGAUAUGUCAUUUUCGACGAAACUAGUAGCUAUGCAAAGACAUUGAUCUCAUAACCAGAGUGUCAUGAGUUAAGCGCCUCAGUAAGACCCUAAAAAAUUUUAUUUUUGUACAAAAUAAGCCUUAGUAGCUUCCAAAGAGUAACCUCCGUUAAGAUGAGCAAUGUGCUCUCACUCACAGAAUUCAAUUUUUUCAUAUCUUACGUUCUAUGUGACUAAAAAUAAGACUGCCUAUAGACUUUAAAAAUAUAUCAAAUCAAUAUUUUUAUAGGUUAUAUACAAUUUGAAGUAACUGAGUCCUUUAGAAAAUUCAAAAAUUGGCGAAACACCUUUAUUAAACACCAAAAAAACAUGUUCUUUCAAAGUUUCGAAUGCGUUUGCAAUUCAUAUUAAACAAAUAUGUGAUGAAAAUAUUUUCAGGCCUCAAAGAAGGAAAUAUAACCAUCGUUUAAACGAAAACCAGGUUUUCAAGAGUUUUUUUUCUAGAUUUACCCAACUUUUUUACCUUUCUAUAUCAAUAAAUAACAUGUUUUCAAAAAUGUUAUAAAAUAAACUGAGACGAUGUAUUUCCCAUAUUCAGAGAACCUAGAGAUUUCUUAAAACAUGAGAGAAACUCGAUUUUCAAUUGUUUUUGAUAAAAAAAAUGACGUUUCUGGCGUUAUAGCGAGAGGGGUAGCUGGCUAAAAUUGCAUAUCUUAACGGGGGUACCCCUUGUACCCCACCAUUUCCAAAAUUUUGUGGUUCUUGACCAAGCUGAACCGUAUAUUGCUGAUUUCAUCUUAUCUUUUAUUGCAUAAGCAAAAUUAUUUUUUCAUUUUUCUUGCUUUCAAUAUCGUUUUCUACGUCAAGUUUUGCAUGUUUUCUUUUUCAUACAUUACGCUUUAAUUUGCGAUUUAUUACCCCCUCAGCAAAAUAAUUAGUGAAAUAUUUUGAAACUUACAAAAAAUCAAAUGUUUAGUUAAUGUUUUAAUUCUGCACAGAACUUUUUAUUAUAUUUACUUCUGUCGAUGUGUUAUUUAUUCAGUCUUUUAAAGAAAUGUACGAUUUUGUUCCUAUUGGGAAUUCGGUGGAAACUAAUUUCAAGCCUGUAUUAUUAUAAUAUAUCACAUUUCAGUUAAAGGUGAAAACAUUUUUCACCACUGUUUUCCGUGAAAGCAAAACCGUGUUAUUUAUACUUGUAUACAGAGAAAUAUUCGUAUUUUUAUGCAGUAUUUUCUACUGAAAUUUUUAGAAAUAUUUCAGAAUUUUUAAAAAAUUUCUAGAAUUUUCAGAAAAUUUUCAGAAUUUUCAGAAAAUUUUCAAAAUUUUCAGAAACUUUCUAUUUAAGUCCAAAAUGCUGUACAAAAAUAUGAAUUUUUGCAAAAUAUUCGGUAUUGGCAAAAUAGAAGCGAAUAAAAAAUAUUAAAUAUGUAGCGAGGGAAACAACCAAGAGAGCCAAAUUUGGCGUAUAAAGGAAUAUUUUUUAACUUAUUAUGUUCUUUUCUUCAUCUGAUGGCCUUUCUCAUAAUCAACUCUGCUUCCGAUGGUCCAAGAACAUUCUUUCCAGUUGCCCAUGCAACCAAUAUCUUCAUUUCGUCCUGUGGAAAUGUCCACAUAACGUAUGUCUUAAAAGUUUUAAAUAUUUAUCGAAUUUUUUAUGCAAAAAUUUAUUUUAUUUAAACAGUAACCUAUCUUAAAUUACAAAUCAACGUACUAAACUAUACUAUUUAAUUAUGUAGAGUAGCCCAUUCUGCUCUACUAGACGCAAAUUUCUUCUGAUGUCCUCAUGACGUCCUGGACGGAAGUCAGGUCAAUUUCUCUCAGUUUUUCGUAUAUUCACUGUCGUAAUUCAACUCGCCUCUCGAAAUACCGUGUGUCCACUUAUAUUUUUCCCCAUUUUAACUGCCUAUAACUUCUAAACCGCUCAAGAUAUAUGCGGUUUUCGCUGAAAUGUUUUAUUUUAGUAAAAGUUUUGUCUGAAUGGAUUGAAUUUUUUAUAUCGCUUUCAAAUACGAAAAGAAAAAUGGCGGAUUUUUGAAAAAAACGGCUUUUUUUUAAUGGAACACCCAGUAUAUUUUUUUGUAAAUUGAAAGAAAGGUCAUUUACCUAUCCAGCGAUAUAAAGUUUUUCAAAGUCGGUUGUCAAAUCACUGAGUAAUUAAUUUUUAAAAUGAGAGGUGCACGUGGAUAUCACAUAACAUAAUAUGUGAUUUCCACAUUGCAUCUCUCAUUUUAAAAAUUAAUUCCUCAGUCAUUUGGCAACCGAUUUUAAAAAGAUUUAUAUCGUUUGAUAGGUAAAUGGUCGUUUUUUCAAGUUUUUAGGUAAAUGACCAUUUUUUAUAUCGCUUGUAAAUAAAAAAUGGCGGCUUUUUGAAAAAAAAUGUUGACUUUUUUUAUUGAAACACCCAGUAUAUUUUUUUGUAGCUUGAAAAAACGGUGAUUUACCUAUCCAGCGAUAUAAAAUUUUUUAAAAUCGGUUGUCAAAUGACUGAGCUAAUAAUUUUUAAAAUGAGAGAUGCAAUGUGGAAAUCACAUAACAUAAUAUCAUUUUGCUUAUUAGGUCUGUGAUAUCCACGUUGCACCGCUCAUUUUAAAAAUUAAUUAAUCAGUGAUUUGACAACCGAUUUUGAAAAACUUUAUAUCGCUACAUAGGUGAAUGACCUUUUUUUUCAAUUUACAAAAAAUAUAGUGUAGUCCAUUAAAAAAAAGUCAACAACGUUUUUUCCAAAAAUCCGCCAUUUUUUUUUCGUAUUUGAAAGUGUUAUAAAAAAAUCAAUACAUUCAGACAAAACUUUAACUACAAUAAAACAUUUCAGCGAAAAUCGCAUUUUUCUAUCUUAAGCCGUUUAGAAAUUAUAGGCAGUUAAAAUGGGGGAAAAUAUAAGUGGACACCCGGUAUAAUUAUGCAAUCCCCAAUAAUAACAUUAUAAUAGUCGCUAGAUCCUUUUUCAAAAAAUUAUUACUUCACAUCCGGUUCGAGAGACGCGUCAAGCUGAUUAGGACCCUCAUGUACACAUAUCAACAUUUCAUGGUCUCAACAUAUGGAUUUAUAUCUUGGAUUUUCUCCCCUUUUGCCAGUUGCCCAAAUAGUUUGACCUCACGUACUAUGAAAUUAAAGUUACGUAUGCAUUUUUGUUACUAUUUAUAAUAUUUGUCGUUGAUUUUUCACAAGUAUAAAUAAUCUAUUUGUAUAUUACAUGUAUAGAGAAUUUGUAUGGAUAUUUGAAUAAACGUUUAUUAUUGUUAAAAGGUGUAUAUUACAGAAAAUAUAUAUUGAAUACAG